UCGGCUUGUUGUCAAAUUAGCAAAAGCUGACUAGCCAGCUAAUGUAUUGGUGGGAGACCAGUGUCAGUGGUUUUCUGAAUAGAGAGCAAAUUUGGGUUUUAUCAUGGUGUUUCCACUGUAGAAAACACUUUAAACGACACCCAAGGGAUUUCACCCCACACUUUCCUCUUUGUUCGAGCGCAUAAACAAGGUGUGAAUGACCGACGUGGUGUCCCCCACUGCGCUCAGCGAAGUCCAGCUCCGCCUCCUCUGCCACGAUGACAUAGGCAGCGUCAAGCUGCUGUGCGGUGAUUGGUUCCCCAUCGAGUACCCAGACUCGUGGUAUAAUGACAUCACAUCCAACAAGAAGUUCUUCUCCCUCGCCGCCAUCUUCAAGGGAGGCAUCGUGGGAAUGAUCGUAGCUGAGAUCAAGGGCCGGACCAAAGUACACAGAGAGGAUGGAGACCUCCUAGCCUCUAGGCCCCGUGGACACCAGGUGGCUUACAUCCUGAGUCUGGGGGUGGUGAAGGAGUUCAGGAAACAUGGAAUAGGCUCCUUGCUGCUGGACAGUCUGAAGGAACACAUCUCCACCACGGCCCAGGACCACUGCAAGGCCAUCUACCUCCACGUGCUGACAACCAACACCACGGCUAUACACUUCUACCACAACAGGUAG